GUUGGAUAGACGAAAAUACGGGUAUUCUCCAGCGAAGUUUCGAAGCGCGUGCAUGUAUUGUGGUGCAUAAUUGUAACGGAAUUAUCGGAACAACGCACAUAGCACUUGGUUCUAUUUCUUGCGUUAAUUCGUAACUUUUGUAUCCGUUUGUCUCGAAAGUAGUGAACAGUGAUUGUAACAAUGGUGUCCGGCGGCAUGGCUUGUAUCAAGUACCUGACGUUUCUCUUCAACUUAAUAUUUGCAAUAACUGGGAUCGUGUUUAUUGCAGUUGGCACUGUGAUUCUUGUAGUUUACAGUGGAUAUAAUAAUUUUAUGGACAGUUGGUUCUUUGUGGCACCUGUAUUAAUGAUUGUAGUUGGUGCUGUUGUGUUCAUUGUAUCAUUCUUUGGCUGUUGUGGAGCUGUCAAGGAGAACCAUUGCAUGAUAAUCACGUUCUCGGUAUUGCUCCUUCUAAUAUUCGCACUGGAACUUGGUGCUGGUAUUUCUGGAUAUAUGAUGCGCGGAAAAGUUCAGGAUAUGGUAGAAAGUCGAAUGAAUACUACAAUGGAGAGCUACAUGACCAAUGAUGACAUUCAUAGAUCUUGGGAUAUCAUGCAACAUGACCUACAAUGUUGUGGAAUGAUUAGCUCAAAUGACUGGAGUCGCUUUGGUUUCGUGGACAACAUCGUACCAAAUUCUUGCUGUAGAGAAGUACCAAAAGGAUCUGAAUGUGACCUGAAUUCAAUUUACAUAUAUGAAAAUGGGUGUAUGCAUAAUCUUCAACAAGCUAUUGAGCAUAAUGCAUUGAUUUUGGGUGGUGUGGGCAUUGGGAUUGCUAUUAUUCAGUUAAUCGGAGUAAUCUUCGCAUGCUGUUUGGCACGUUCAAUUCGUCGCGAGUACGAGACUGUCGAAACCGCAGCACACUGAUCUGACAUCCAUUAGGAGGCAUUAUAACUCUAAGUGUUGUUCGUCGUGCAUUCAUUAAAAGAAUAAUUCUAAAGUCGUCGCAAGACCAUUUACUUAGAACCUGACUGCAGACUAAACCAAUGUUCAUCUGCAGUUUAUCUUAAGAAGAAAGCAGACCAUUGGAGAAUUAUAAUUCACUUACUGCCACUAUCUGCCAAAUGGUAAAAACCAAACUGCUCCUUCUUAGACUGCGCCGUGUAUGAAAUUAAAGUUUGCGACAUACGAAUGUUUUGAACGGAGAUAGGAUGAUCACUAUAUAUUUGGCUUGAUGUGUGUUACAGUCUGAAAGACUCUUUCAGUGCCUCAAUAUAUUAAAAUGAAAAUCAUCUUUUAAAUAUUCACUCUGUGCAACAUGUUUAAUUCAUUUAGUAUGUUGUAGUUUUAUUUUGUAAAAUGCAUUUUUAGCGUGUAUAGCGGAGCUGGAUAAAUAUUUACUUUUUAUAUUCUUCAAUUUGUGAAUUCCUGAAUUUGAAGACAAAAUAUUGAAGGUGUAUCGUAAUACCUUAUUUUCUAUUAAUAGUAUUUUGUUAUCGUAAACAUUAAUAAUAAUCAAAUAAAUAUGUGAAUACUUAAUUUUAUUUAUCGACUUCAAUUGGUAUGAACUAUUCUUUUGUUCUCUAAACUUACAUAUACUAUCAUUUUAUAUAAGCUAAAAUGACAUAAAGUGAACUGUACAAUACAAAUUUAAGUUAAAAAUCAUCCAUUUUUUUUAUACUGAAUUGCAGUUCGUAAGUAUUAGAAAUAUUGUUAUCCAGCUUCAGUAACUACAAAGUUAAUAUAAACAUCUAAAGUAGAAAAACAAUUUAUAUCUUUGUCAAUGAACUCUCUACAAAAAGUUUAUAAGUCAUUAAGUUAGAAAAAAAAGACAUACAUUUAUCUAUUCUCGAGCAGUUUUACAAAUUACAAUUUUUAUAAUUAUACUCUUUUAUACAAGUUGUAACCAAAAUAGAUGACCAAACUUUAGAAGUAUAUAUUUUACUCAUUUUAAGGAUAAAAAAGAAAAAGGUCGUAAAAUUCCUAAAGCAUUUCUUUAUUUUAUCUUCGGUUGUUUGUACUGGAUAAGAAUGAUCUAUAAUUCUAUCUGUUUGUUCUUAAAAUGUGUGAAGUAAGCUUUUAAACUUUGACUACCUCUUUUAGACUUUUUAUGUAGUUACGAUUUGUAUCAUUGAUUGAGUGUUGACAAAAGAGAAAUUGAUUUCAUUUUUAAAAGCUAUGUAGAAUCGUGCAACAAAAGAAUACAAGAAUUUGUCCAAACUUUAGAAUUUAGAAAAUCGAUCGCAUAGUAGUCAACACGAACGAUUCGAAAUUUCGCGACGACAGAUUUUUAUUAUCGUUCACGCAAAACAGCUUCCAAAAAAAAGUCACGAAAUAAUAUUGCUCACUCACGGCAUUGCGUCGAUUUAACACGAAUUUUAUUGUAAUUACAAUAAUUGUCAUUGCAAUCCCCUUUUUCCUUAUUUUGAAAUCUCGCAUAUUUUAAUGUAACAAGAAAGUUACCGAGUAAUCAAAAGAAUUGGGUCGGGUACUUCCAGGUACCUCGGCUUAAGAUAAGAAAAGUCUGAAAGAAUUAAAUAACAAAAAAGCCAACCAGAAUAACUUUUAAAGUUUCCAAAAUUCGAAUCCUGCUCUAUUUCUAUGAUUGCCAGAAAGAACAAAAUUGAAAUCAUUUAUUCAUCGUAAAAGUAAUUCGAAUUAUUAAUCGAGAAGUUUUAAAGAUCCAUUUAUUUGCUUUUCGAUUCAUCUUUAGAGCUAUAUGACUAAUAUACAUAUGAAAUUAAAAUUAUACACAUACUCUAUAAAUUUAAUUUUAUACUUUUAGAUCACUCGAUUACGUUCAUUUCAAAGAUGACGAGAAAACACUUGUAUCGAAAUGUAAAUAAGUGGUUGUUUAACUUUGUAAUAAUUCGAAUUGUUCAUAGAAACAAUGAUUAAUGUUUUAGAUAGUUUUAGUAAUUGUAAAUUAACCCUUAACAAUAGUUGCACGGCCCCAGGGACCGCAUUAAUAUUUCUUUCGUCAAAUAUGAGUUAUAUUAUACCAAAGAUUAUUGUUUUAAUAAAUAAAGUAUUUCGUACGCUCUUCUAGAAGUCAUUUAACUUUGAGGAGUUGCAGUUAGUACAGUCUUAAACUCAGUUUGUGUUAUAUUUUGUACAUAAUUUUGACGGCUGGUAAUAUUUUGAAAUUAAUUAUUUAUAUAAAAAAUAAUGGAAUAGAUAUUUGCGAUUAAAAAGUAAUAACGCAUCGUUUAACUUUCGAAUAUAUUGGAAUCAGAAAAGGUUAAACUUUGAAGUUCAAAGUUUGAACAUACAAUGUCAAAAGUCGUGACGUGAUUUUAUGUUACAUGAAAACUUAACCCUUUGCGCUCGAGGCAUUUUUCUAUAUUCUAUAGAAUCAAAUCCAGUCCAUUUUUAUAAUAAAUUUCUAUGAAACCAAAAAGUCUACUUCGAAGAAAAACACCUACGAACGUUCAUGACUCAAUGUAGUAUUAUUUCAAUUCAUAAUUAGUUGUAUUCUGAUGUAAGUGAAUUUGAAAUUGUACGUUUACAAAAUCAUUUUUAAAUUACAUGUGUCGCCUUAGAGGCGCCACCCGAGCACAAAAGGUUAAAGCAACAUUAACACACUGAACUAUAACAAUAUUAUUGUAUUGGUAUACUUCGGUGCAUUUACGCCGUCCAAUUUGGCGCUGUGAUCGCUCACGAACGUUUCCUUGCUAAAAUUUAAAUGUAUAAUUAUAUAAUAGGUGUAGAAUUUUGUCGUGAAUAAUUAAUUGCUUCGAAAAAAAUGAUUUGUUAAAGUUCACUUUCGACAUUUGUUUGAUACAUCUUUAUUCUAAGAUAAAGAAAAAAAGUAGAAGGAAAUUUUUUCUAUUCCUACAAUUAUAUAUUUAUUAUUGUUUAGUAAUUUCCAAAAUUGUUCAAGUUCAUUUUAUAGCUCCCUUUUCAAAAGGGGUCUCUGGGACCUUACAAUUAUGUUUAACUCAUUCAGCUUAAUUUAUUUUGAACUUGGUCUGAACAAACUGCAUUGAUAUUGCGUUUAGGACUGAGAGGUGUUGUCUCAGACUCGUGGUGACGCAUUUCGAACU